GUGAAAGGAAGCUGGCAAACUAACGUUCGUAAAAUUCAGAGAAGAUAUAGCUAGGUCAAAAUAACAAAAUCAGGUUGUUGUUGUUUUUCAAAUCAGGGGUUGCUGCCAAGGCGAAGGCUUUAAAAAGCCUGGGAUUUAAAUUCAAAUCCUGAUUAAAGAGCUGGGAUGAAGAAUUUUGUGUUUAAUUUCAGUUUAUUUAAUGGCAGGUAUUGGAAAUUUCACAGUAAAAAGGAAGAUAUUUUUAUUAGACAUCGAAGUGUCUCAAGCCAUCGACGGAGAUCGUUACCGCAUCCGUAAAUUUGUAUUUUAUGACAUUUUUCUUGCAGGCAGAAAGUCUGAAAUAUUUUGCUGUUGUUGAAUAGUAGCGGCUGUUACCUACGAUCUUUACGGCAGAAGGGUUUGCUGAAGUCGGUUGGAUCUAAAUUUAGUACGCGGCUUAUCAUAGAGGAGUAGGCCCAGAAGUUGCAGUGUGGUCGUAUCGAUUAAAGUUAAAACCUUGCAAUACAGCUGAAUUUUCUAUUAUCGAUAGCUAUAGGUAGGUAGCUAUAUAAAACAAUUUCAGGAGAAUCUGUCAGUUUGACAAUGUUGAAGAAUUUCCAAAUACGACUUGUUCGCGUUGUUGACAGCUAGGUAGCAGGCUAGCUAGCUUACAUCGACUAAAUUGCCCUGUUAUCGGUGUGUGAGUUUAUAGUUUAUGUAGUAAAACGCAGUAUCACUCAUAUAGUUUAAGAUAUGAAACUCCUGGAAAAUUCGAGCUUUGAAGCCAUAAACUCCCAACUCACAAUUGAAACGGGGGACUGUCAAAUAAUAGGACGGAUUGAGAGCUACUCCUGCAAAAUGGCAGGCGAGGACAAGCAGAUGUUCAAGCAGUUCUGUCAGGAGGGGCUGCCGCACGUCCUGGAGGCCCUCUCCCCUCCUCAGACCUCAGGGGUCAGCCCCAACAAGUUGAGUCAAAGCCAAAGUGGGGAUGAGGGGGAAGGUCCCCUCUCUGACAAGUGCAGCCGGAAGACUCUGUUCUACCUGAUCGCCACCCUCAACGCCUCCUUCCGUCCCGACUAUGACUUCAGUCGUACAAAGAGCCAUGACUUCAGCAGGGAGCCUAGUGUUAACUGGGUGUUCAACGCUGUGAACAGCAGUCUGUCCUCGGCUGCCGGGGGAGAGUUCAGCCGACUCCAGCCUCAGCUGUGGCAGGCCAUCGAUGAUGAGAUCUGUCUCUCCGAGUGUGACAUCUACAGCUAUAAUCCAGACCUCGAUUCUGACCCGUACGGAGAAGAGGGGAACCUGUGGUCUUUCAACUACUUCUUCUACAAUAAGCGGCUGAAAAGGAUAGUGUUCUUCACGUGUCGUUCAGUCAGUGUAUUCAUGGCCCCACGAGACUCAGGCAUUGGCAAUGACCUGGACCUGGAAUUAGAGGAGGGCAGCUGUGAGGAAGAGUACAUGGAUGAGGAAAGGUGCGGUGCUCUGUGCACCUGAUGGUGCAGUGGCUAGAGGCAUGCGAUUGGUUGGAGUCCCAAGGCUCCGUGUGAAGAUGCCAUUAGAGAUCUAGUUCACUGUUGUUACUUUCACCACCCGUUCAGCUUCCCUUAUUGCCCUGUACUUCAUUGGUUUCUCUUUCCUGUUGUGUUGAGGAGCCUAUUUUAGCUGUUUCAGGGUAAUGUCGUUAUACCGAUGUAUGUUACUGAAACGAGAAGUCGUUUCGAUACGGAAUUUUCAUUCGUUUUUUUUUUUCUUUUGCACUACUCCGUCUCAUAUUGUUCCUUUUGUUUUGACUAUCUCCAACAACACAGUGUGAGUCUCAUUAGUUUCGUGUGUGAUAUUUUGGAAAUUUUUCUUGUUGGUACAGACAGUGCCACUGCAAGAAACGCCAGUGUUUCCAAAAAAUUCCAAAGGCAAAGAUCCUUUUCUCUGUGAAAAUCCGCAUAUGUUCUACCUGGUAGGCACCAUAUGUCAUUUGGAUGAGCACAGUCAUUUCAGUUUGUCCACCUUAUGUUGUUGUUUCUAAUUAUUUACAAGGAUUUAUUUCUGUUUAACAGACUUAAUCAUUCCAUUUUGCUUUGGCCUUGUAUAUACAUCACAAAUGUAUACAUUCUGUUUGAGUGUUUUGACUUUUUGAAAGGUGGCUGUGAAACAUGGUGAUGUUUUACGUGGUGUAGACCUUCAGCGCGGUGCCGUGCAUUAGGGCAAUAUUACUUGCUGUUUGGCAUGUUGGACACUAGGUGUCACUAGUCCCACACCAAGUUGGGUUGCUAUAGUCUGUCUUUUUUGGAGGGUAGUAAGAUUUUAUUUCAAAAAGCCAGUUCAGCAACUAGCUGACUGGCUCUCAGGAUUUGUUGCUCCCUGAUUUCAAAUCAGUUAAUUGCAGCACCUCUACAAUUGUUUCAAAGAUGAGUGAUUUAAAGUAUGAUCUAUAUAACCCUCAGAUUAAAACUGCACAUCCUGCUUUUACAGAUGGCACUCAUCUGAAUUGGGUCUAUAUCCAAUUAUAUAUAGUAUAUAUACAUACCAAAAGUUAGAAUAAUU